CAUCGGUCGUUUAGCGCGCAAUCCGUUUGGGAGGGGGAGGUCGGCGGCGGCAGUACAGCGGCGCGUGUUGUAGGGCGGGCGCCGGCGCUGGUGAAGGGCUUGCCGGGAGUCACGCACAGCGUGGCCGCGCUGGGCCCGGGCCGCGCAGAGGCGGCGUGCGGCACGCGGGCCUCGGUGGAGCGGAUGCUGGCCUUCGGGCGCGAGCUGUACGCUAUGAGCCAGAAGCUGCAGCAGGACCAGUUCGUCAAGUCCAUGCUCGAGGAUGCCUUCAGCUUGUUGGCGUACAGUAAUCCGUGGGACAGCCCCGUGGGCUGGCAGCUGGAGCCCGUGCGUCGCGAGGCCGUCUGCGAGGCGCUCAACUCCGCCAUCCUCGAGGCGCAGGGCAUGAAGUGGAUCUCUCCGGUGGAGGCGUGCGUGUCGCAGUCGCGCUCGCUGCUGCGGCGCAUGUCGCGCGCGGGGCUGGGCGCCUGCGCCUUCGCGGACCUGGGCGCGCUGCUGCGGCGCUGACGGGGCGCCGGC